AUGAACAGUCCCAAACCCCUCCGCCAAACCACGCAACCCCCUCUGGUUCUCAACCCCCUCAAACGCGUCCCCCUCCUCCAAACCUCCACCCACCAUCCCUCCCCAGAACCGACCCUUCCCAUCACCCACAGCAAACACCACCCCCAACACCCCCAACACCACCCUCCUAACACCACCUCCGACCCCGCCUCCGCCUCCAUCUACUUCAUCGGCACCGCCACCACCCUCAUCAGCCACCCCCCGCUCCGCCUCCUAACCGACCCCAACUUCCUACACUCCGGCUCCCACAUCCACCUCGGCCCCGGCGUGCACGCCACCCGCCUGACCGACCCCGCCGUGCCCGACCUCGCCUCCCUGCCCCCCGUCGACGCGCUGCUGGUGUCGCAUUACCACGAGGAUCAUUUCGAUCGCGAGGUGCAGCGGGUGUUGGGGAGGGAUGUGCCCAUUGUGACGACGCGGCAUGCGAAGGGGUGUUUGGAGAGGGAGGGGGUGGAGGGGGGGGCGUUUAGGGCCGUGGUGGGGGUCGGGGAGUGGGAGGGGGUUUUUAUGCCCGUGGCGGAGGAGGUUUCGAGUAUAGAUGGGAGGGUGGCGGCGGUGAGGGUGACGGGGUUGCCCGGGAAGCAUGUGCCGCCGGGGGUGGUGGGGGUGGCGAAUGAGUGGUUGGGGGCGGUGCCGCCGACGAAUGGGUGGUUGGUGGAGUUGGGGUGGACGAGGGGGGAGGAGAGGACGGAGGAGCGGUUUGAGACGGGGUAUCGGGUUUAUAUUUCGGGGGAUACGCUGAUGGUGGAUGAGCUGAAGGAGAUUCCGGAGCGGUUGAGGGGGGAGAAGAUUGAUUUGAUGCUGGUGCAUUUGGGCGGCACGACGAUUCCUGGCCCCAAGAUGCCGUUGUUGAUGGUUACGAUGGAUGGGGAGCAGGGAGUGCAGCUGAUGCAGCUGAUACAUCCGGAUGUGACGGUGCCGAUUCACUUUGACGACUACGAUGUGUUUUGCUCGCCGCUCGACGACUUCAAGAAGGAAGUGGAUGCUGCUGGGUUGGGAGACAAGGUGGUGUAUCUGAACCGCGGAGAUGAGUAUCGGUUCGCGGUCAGGCGGGGGGAGGAAUGA